AUGUAAUCAAACUAACUUGAUGGAACUAAAUUUAGGCUAUCGCAACCUGAAUCUUUAAAUAACAAGGUAUAUUUGAAUGAAAAUAAAAAGAACUUGAAGCUUCAAGGGUGGUUAAAAAAGAAAAGCCCAGCAAUUUUAAAAGGAUGGCAGAAAAGAUUUUUUAUGUUGAUAGAAAACGAAGGAUAUAAGUUAGUGUAUUUCGAUGACGAUAAAACUAAUUCGAAGCCAAAAGGUGCUUUUGAAAUAUCAAAUAAAAUUGAUAUAGAAUAAGCAGGAGAGGAAGAGUUUACAAUUAUAUUUCCAGGUAGAAAUUUAGAAUUGAAAGCAAAAAGCGGAGAUGAAAGAAAGAAAUGGGUAGAAACAAUUGAAUUUUGUAAAAGCAUUGGGAAGAACUCAUAGAGAAAGUAUUUGAGCGUUGAUUUGAUUGAAAAUGACAUUUCAAAAUCAAAAGGUUCUACUCAUAAGAAAGUGGACUUAUAAACAACUCAAAUAGUUUAAAUAGAGAAAGAGAAAAUUGAGAAUUAAAAGUUCCAAGGUCAUAGGGACAUCCAAAAAAAGUCAAUAAUUCUACCCUCUUAGUUUGAGGAUAGUCAGAUUUUGGAAGUUCUUGGACUACAGUAAUUAAAUUAGAAUUCGAUGUUGAAAUCUAGAACGAUAUUUGGGACUCUGAGUAAGAGAAGUAAAACAAAAAUGAAGAACUACAAGCUAAAAUGGUUUAUCCUUAUCUCAGCUAAACCACUUUUUCCAGAGAUUUAAGAUGAUGAGGAGAUUUUAUAAUAAUAAGAUAUCACUCUCGAAUUAGAUACACUUGUUUACAUUAAUUAAAAAAUGAAUGACAAAUUGAUCAAAAGAAAUGUUUACAUUAAGCUUCAGAAUUGUAAGGAAAUAAUUAUUAAAAAUAUGCAAAAGUCUUCUGAUCAUGGAUUUAUAUUUAAAUUGAAUAUGGGAGAUAAAAUUUAUAGUUUAAUGGCAAAUACUGAAAAUGAUAGAAUGAAAUGGUAGCAAGCAUUAAAUUAAUCAAUGAAUACUUGUAAGGAAAUAAAUAACAAAUUGAAUCUUAAUAUUUUAAAGAAUAUCAAUCCAGUCAUAAGGAUAUACGAUAUGGAAUCAAGCUUACCAAUUAGGAGACAAAAAAUUAAAGAGAAACUUUAGAAUGAUAUAUAAAGAAUAGAGUUAGAGCAGAGUAUAAAUGAUUAGAACAGGUACUUAAAUCUUUAAGAUUUGCUUUGCUGUUUGAUGAUAAUAAGUUAAGAUAUGAUAAAGUCAAUUGAGGCAUGUUUAGUAAAGGAUCCGCAAAGAUAAGAUAUAAUUCAAGAAUACAUCGAGAUACAUCAUGAGAAAAUAUGUUUAAAUAUCAGUGAAUAUUGGAAUAUCAAUAACAAAUAUCUCAGUCUUAAUGAGAUAAAGGAAUUAGCUUCUUGGCUCUCCGAUUACUAAUAAAUCAUCAUCAAUUAUAUUAAGGAUGAUCGUAUUAAAUAAGGAAUCAAUACAUUGUUAUAGAUAUACAUAAACAGAUGGAAAAUUUAGUCAGAAAAGAAAAUCAUUGCAUAAUUCGAAUAGAGUUAAACAAUUUAGGCAAAAAACACAACAAAAACUGCUUGUGUUUUGGAAUUAUUUGAUAUAGUUUAGGAAAUAGAGAUGCUAAUCACCCAAAAGUUAAAACCAUAUCUUAAGAAUAAAGAGUUACUUAAGGUUAUUAAGAGUAUUUUGUGGCAUUAUUUGGAGUAAUUAUAUGAUUCAGUUGAGGAACAACCUGAAAAUUUGGAGUUUUUGAUUGGAGUUUGUAAUGAUGUUGAGAUUGUUAGGGAAAUAGCUAAUAGAAUAGAGUCGAUUGCUGAAAUGCUGUAAGAGAAUAAGAAAUAAGAAAAGACUAAAUAAAAAAUAAUGCAGAAAUAUAAUGAAGUCUUAGAAAUUGUGGAGUAAUAGAUUUAUAAUAUAUCAUCAAAUGAGUUGACUUAAUAAUUCUAAGUAUCUCUUCUUGAUUUAGAAAUCAGGUCAGGAGUUCUCGAAGUAUUUGAAGAGAAUGUAUAAUUGAUUAAAUUAACUGAAUAAACUUAGUAAUCUCUAUUAGAUAAAUUGAUUUCAACAUUUAAUUAUCACUAUUUCAAUAUAUUUUUGAAUGAAUUGGAUAAGAUAAAUAGCUACAAGCGAAAGUAAAUAGAGUCAAAAAUUAAGUAAGACAAGUAAGUUGUAAGUGAAUUUCUUAAAUAAUAUCAUUGUUCUAAUAUAAAAAUGGAUAACUUUGAUUUAAUGAUCCAACUCUUAAAUUGUGAGAAGGAUUCAGAAUAUGUUCAAGCCUUUAGAGGGUUGAAAUACUAAUUUGGGAGAUGUUUCACUGUAAAUACUGUGAAGGUGAUUAUUGGUCAUUUGAGAGUAAGGAAAUCAGAAGUGAACUAGAGUAGUCUAGAACAAUUCGACUAGUUAAUUAGGAGCAUUGAUGAUGAAUAAGACAAUGGUGAGUCAACUCAAGAUCUGAAAAGUCAAUUAAUGGAGUUUGGAUAAAAUCAAUUGGAGCCUCUAGUUUUACAGAAGUAGGAUUCCAACUCAAGUCGCACUUCAAGAACUAGUAUGAGUAAGAGCAAAGUGAACAUCGAGGAAUUAAUUUCUAAAUCAUAGGCUUAAUCAGUUUAAUUUGAUAAUACUAGCAUUACAGAAGGGUAUGUGUAUAAGAAGAAGGCCAAACAAUAGAAAUUAGUAACAAAGUGGGAUCACAGAUAUGUUAGAAUCAGGAAAGGAUAUAUAUAUUGGUAUGUGGAUGAGAAAUCCUGGAAAUGCUAGAAUAAGCUGAAUGUGUAGGACAUAUUAGAGGUUGAGGGGAAAUAGAAUAAGUAGAAUAAGUUUAUAUUGAAGAUGAGAGGUGGCAAGAUCUAUGAAUUCAAGGUGGAUACAGUGGAGGAAAGGAAUAUGUGGAUGAAUGGAAUAACUAAUGAGAAGAGAUAAUAGGAAGAUGUUGUAAACAGCAAGAUUGAGGCUUAGUAAGUGUAGACAAGCUAAUUAAAUAUUCUGAUUAAAAAUUAUGAUGAAGAAAUAAUUACUAACAAAACUACUAAUAAUAAUAUUAAUAAUAAUAACAAAUUUAACAAUUAAUAAAGAAAAACAACAUUAAUAAUCCAAUAAAAAGAAUACCCUUUAGAAUUAGGAUAAACAACUUUAAAGAUUAAGAGAACAACUAGUUGCUGGACGUCGUUUAUGGUUUGUUUAGGAUUAAGCAAGGGUUGA